UGUAAUCACUAACGAUAAUGGCAGACUUGGAUUCUCCCGCUGUGUCUCAGUCUAACUUGACGCAGAUGCUUAACGGGUGUCCUUAUCUGGAGUCUCUGCAACUUAAUAUCCGAGGUAUCCUAGUAGAUGCCACAGCUUUCCAGUCUGUUAGAUUCUCCUUGCCAGAAACUCUCAACGUUCUAAGGUUACAACCACUGCUUGAGUCUGAGGCCGUUCUUCCCAUGAACAGAUUCAAAGUCACUGGAACUUGUUUAUCUCAGGCUAAUUAUAGUGCCUUCCUUUCUCCUUCACCUUCUUUUACUUUGCAAAGCCUGUCUCUUGUGCUGGACUUGAUAUCUGACAAGCUAAUCAUAGCUAUCACAGGAACUCAAAAGUUUUCAGGGGGUAUAUAUUAUAAACGAUUUAAGGACAUCGUGAAAUUAAGCUAAUGAAAAUAGGAGAUGCUUCUGCCAUUGCUGAAAAUCAAAUGAACUCAGAAGUUGUGGCAAAUAUAAAAACAUUCAGGAGACUCUUCGGAUGGGCAGCGGUUGUUGAAAUUCUGUCCUGAUCCUGUUAUUGAAAUGAUUGACCCAUAUGCAGCUAAAAUGUUUUUGAUAUAGAUAUCUGAACUGGAUAGUUGGUCGUUUGGGGAUGUAUAGAAUGAAUCCUGUAUAGUAGUGGAUAAGUAUGUUUUCCUAAAAGGGGGAAAAUGUCUCGUUUAAAACAUUCAAAUACACACAGAAAUAAAAGUUUGAAAGAGACUCUUUAGCUUACCUUAGCAUGGUCAGGUGUUGUAUGAAUCCUAGGUUGUAUACAAAUUGUAUAUAGAUUGUUCUGCGGUCAUGAACUUGCUUCCCAUUGCACAAAAGAUC